AAAGGGCUUCCAAAUCGGGUUAUGUAUUUUAGCCCUAUAUACUCCGCCGGCGCUCCACUCUACAGUCUACGGAGGAGAGAUGUGGAGAUCGACGAUCAGUGUAGGUAGAAAAGCUCUUCUCAGAAGGCUCGAAGCAAAACCAAAGCACUCCCUACUCCAAAGCGCUUCUCAGGUAUGCCACUACUCAAUUCAAUCUCCAUUGAAUCCAACUCCACAUUUCACUGCUUCCACGAACUGCAUUUGCCAAUACUCCUUUAGGUUUUUCUCCUCAAAUCCUUCUUCACUCGAUUCCGAAGAAUCUGAGUUUCCUAACACACACGACGCUUCUGCGUCUGGUCAUUGGACCAGCGCUUUCGAUGAGGAAAAAUCCGCCGAUGAUGGAUCUUCCUCUGUUUUCGGUGAAGCCGAUGGUGAUGGCUUCACUGCCGGGAAUGAUUUCGCCGUUGAAAACGGUGACGUUCCGUUUGUCGUUGAGGACGGCGAGCCUCCUCCUCCUGAGGUGUCUCUAGGGGAGGAGGAGGAGGAAGGUGAUGAUUCUGUUGAGAAGCUGGAAAGAAUGUUGUCUUUACUUCAGAGCAGUGGAAUGGUUGACGGAUCCUUAGAGUCUAGCCUGGAGGAUAUUGGUUUGAAUAUUGAUAAGGAGCAUGUUAUAAAAGUGCUCAAAACUGAGUAUAUUCCUAGGGAGAAUUUGAUUGAGUUUUGCAGUUGGGCUUUGAGGAGACCUGGUAUGGCACUGAGUACCACAAUGCUUGAAAUGCUAACCAGGGCGAUAUGUAGUGGAGAAACAAUGAGAGAUGCCUAUGCUCUGUGGAGUUUGUUGAAGGAGCUUGGAGAAAACGAGAUUGGAGUUUUGAGUACUGACAUACUUAACGAGUUGAUAUCUUUCCUUUCAAGGUUUGGUAAGGGCAAGGCAGCUUAUGAGGUGUUUAAUAAGUUUGGGGACUUAGGUUGUGAACCAAAUUCUGAUACAUAUUAUUUCACCAUCGAGGCUCUUUCUAGGCGCAAAAUUUACGAUUGGGCCUGCUCUGUUAGUGAGAAGAUGCUAGGUGCUCAAAAGUUGCCCGAUGCUUGUAGAGUAGGAAAGAUCAUUUCGUUUUUGUGUAAAGGAAACAAGGCUAGGGAUGCACAUCUUGUUUACGUGGCUGCAAAGGGGAAUGGAAUUAGUCUUCCCCAAACUUCUGUUAAUUUCUUGAUUAAGUCUCUGUGUGAAAAAGAUGAAGAUGUUUACUCUGCAUUGGAGAUGGUCCAGGGCUUUUCACAAGAUGAACGGAAGCACGCCAUUUUUUCAUUUUCAUCGGUUAUUCAAGGGUUAUGUAGGCCUAUAGAUGAUGGGGAAAAGAAGGCACAUAGAAGCAAAGAUGUUCAAGAAGCCAAAAGUCUGCUCGUGAGUAUGGUUGAUGCAGGUCCACCACCAGGUAAUGCGGUCUUUAAUACAGUUAUCACUGCACUGUCCAAACAAGGUGAUAUGGAAGAGGCAACAAAGUCGCUGAAAAUGAUGGAGGAUAGGGGCCUGAAACCUGAUGUUUACACAUACACAGUAAUUAUAAGUGGUUAUGUGAGGAAACUUGAAAUGGAUGAGGCUCGUAAAAUUUUGGAUGAUGCCAAGAAGAAGCUCUCUAAGCUGAGCUCAGCUACAUAUCAUACACUUAUCCGCGCUUAUUGCAAGCUUGAACAGUUUGACCAGGCUCUUGCAUUAUUGAGAGAGAUGAAGGAGCAUGGCGUUCAACCCAAUGCCGAUGAAUAUAAUAAGCUGAUCCAAUCUCUUUGCCUAAAUGCUUUAAAUUGGGUAAAGGCUGAGAAUCUACUAGAGGAGAUGAAGGGGAAUGGGUUGCAUCUCAAUGCAAUUACAAAAGGUCUUGUAAGAGCAGUUAAGGAGAUGGAGCAGGAAGAAUUAGAAAGGAAAGAAAUGACAGAUGUUGCAUAAAUUCUAACAUUUACUAUUUUGUUAGAUUGUUUUGACGAUAAUUGCAGGUGAGUUCUUAGAUUCCUGCUUUUUUUUUUUCUUCAUUAUGUUUUCUCUUUGAUAAAUGUUUUGCUAGAUAUUUUGAAUUUUAAGGUAUAAAACCCACACCAGAUUUGAUUACUC